AUGUCUAUAGAGCACGCUUCAACCACCGAUUCCGGCGGCCCUGACGAUAAGUCCUGCGAGAUUACUCCAAAAUAUUGGUGCUCUUGCUACUCCUCUAUCAUUAUUUUCGUAUCCGUUUCCACUCUCGUCUUGGGAGGCUUGAGUUAUCUCCUCGACGGCAAACAUGCUUGUUACAUAGAGCUCUUUGCUCAAUCCGUCUCCGUCUCAAACGCUACAAACGCCGCAAACGUUACAACCGCUGAUUGGAGAACCGUCACGUGGCGUCUCCUUCGUGGCGAUGAGGUUAUCUCCCAGGUAUCUCCGUCGUUGGAUGAUUUCGGAUUCGAGAAAACUGAUGAGCCGGUUACAGUUGCCAACUUUAAAAAGGUGGUGACACCGGUAGUUAACGGCAGCGUGGUUUGGAAUUAUCGUGUGGACAGUGUCGUCCGUUUGAAGGCAGAAUUUGCGUAUGGGUUCAUGAAGGUGGUUUGCCGCGAUAUCCCGGUGAAGUUUACAGCGGAUGUGGCGGGGAAUGUGGUUGGUUCUUUGCUCGGAGGUAUGCGACCAUGUCAAUAUUUACUCCCGGAUAGCUUGAAUUCUGGUUAA